GACGAAUGCCAGUGUACACAAUUUACAUUUUACGUGAUGUGCGGAAAUAUUACCGCUCUGUAAAACGAUAUUUCAUCAAUUGCUCGACGAAAACGGUAAUUUGAUAUGUGUAAAUUAAUUCACAGAAGCUAAUAAUGCGACUUGUCAAUGUAUAUACAAAAGUAAUGGCUACUUCCCGGACGCGUGUUUGUAUUUCGAAACGUUAAAUUUCUGUAAGAAUGGAUCCAAAGAAGAUACUAGAGGACCGUCUCCGAGAAGCGGCAAGCCUCGGAGAUCACGACGUUGUUUCUGAUCUUUUGAAAGCUGGCGUGGAUGUCAAUGCGCGGCAAUCGAUAAAUGGAUGGACACCACUGCAUUGGGCAUCCAAAAGAGGUCAUUACAGAGUUGCUGCUCUUUUACUGAGACAUGGAGCAGACAAGAAUAUAAAGUCUAACAGAGGAGAGGAUGCCGUGGCGGUUUGCAAUAGUACAGGAGUUUUAUCAUUGCUUGCAUCGGACAUGCAACCUCUUCGACGAUCGAAAGAUUUAGAGCCAGGAUAUCCCAUUGCAAGCGAUCCAAAAUUAUGUUUCAAUGUACAUUACGAUUCGGGAGAUUCUAACAUGAGAAAUGAAACUUCGUCGUCUUUGGUUUCUACAAACACAAAUGAUGAAGUGUUGGUGCUGAAAAUUCGUAUCGCCGAGACAAGUGAUCCAGAUUUUAUCGAAGUUGAAUUACCAAGGAAUAAUCUUACAUUCGAUGGCCUGAAACAAGUGUGUUGUGAAGAACUGGACAUCGAUAUUGGUCACAUUGUUAAAAUUAGGAAACUACCCAAUACAAAGAUGAGGAACGAUAAAGACGUCCAGAGACUUUUAAAUUUUCAGCAUAUCGAAGUUGUCACACAUUCCACAGGAUCUGGUGGAUCUACUCAGGUUGUUAAUGGUACUUCCAGCGUUCAACCAUCUACUCCAACUAAUGCUUAUCAAAGCAUAUCUAAGAGAGCUCAGACUAUUUUAUACUGAUAUUAGAAAGCUAAAAAUAUGUCAUUUAAUUUAAGUUUGAGGGUUUAAAAGAUGUGUCUUUACUAGAAUAAUUAACAAUCUAAUACUUGUAUAGUUAAGGAUAAAACAUCGCUUAUGGAUAAUUGAAGAGGAUUAAAGUAAAACAAAUAUAGGUUCUUACAAAUUUUAGUUACAAAAAAAUUAAAGAUGACAAUUAAGAAAUUAUAAAUAACC